AUGCCACGCCAUGCUGCCGCGCUUUCUUUCAAUCCAAAUCACCCGCGCACCGCUGCGCCGCCCCGCCCGAGUCCACUUCCUUCCACUCUCCGUCAUGCACCCCGCUCUCGGCCCCCCCUCCCCGCCUUCUGCCAUUCCAUUCCGUUAUGCCUCUUGUUCCAAUCUCCGCCUCAUUCGAUACCAGAACUUCACAGUCAGUCGUCUCCGGCAAUCAUGCUGCCGUCCGUAGCCGUCGCGUUGGUGCUACUCGCCGCGUCGAUCCCGGCGUCGGACGCGCAAGUGCGGCCCGGCUGCAUCCGGAAGUACCAGUGCCCGCGUCGCGGCAGCAAUCAGUGCGGCCUCUACUACGUCUGUUCCGAAUCUGCGAAGCCCAAACCGCCCUACACCCUGCAGGCCUGUGACACAUGCGCUUUCCGAGACAACGUUAAGGCCUACGCUCAAGUCUGCAACUACGCGACAGGCCGAUGCAGCAAGAACGUUAUUGAUGGCAAGCCCUGUACGGCCGACGCACAAUGUGGCAAAACAGGAGAGUUCAAGUGCCUGGUGAACAAGAACAGCAAAGCCAACCCCAAGGCGAAGCGCUGCUGCAGAAGCAAAUGCCCUCCUGGCCUGUGCGGGUAUGGCAAGUCUCCUGCAACUUAUCUCAAUGCUUGUGGCACUAAAAUCACCUGUCCUGGAGUCUGCCCAAAGAAGUAG